ACUGCUGCUGUUGAUGUGUUGGUGUGUGUGUUUCCGAGCGAGUGAAACAAGUUCAGAAAAGAAAUAUUACCUACUCGAUAGUUUCUCACAAGCAUAUUUGCUUGCGUUGCAACGAUAUUCGUGCUAGCGCACUCCCUCCGAUCCGAGUCUGCUAAGUGUCGGAGCAAUGGCGGUCAAACCCCCAGGCUCAAUGCCCUGGCGCAAAUCACGUUUUCAACGAAAAGGAUAUCCUCCGGAGAUUUUCCAGGACGCGAAAUUUCGCGAGAAGAAGUACCUUUGCUCACAUUGUCACCAGGUGCUUGACCAGCCGCGUAGUGGUCCGUGUGGUCACCGCUACUGUCGACUUUGCCUUGAAGACCGCAUAGAUCGGAUGAGACCCACUGCUGAAUGCUACUGGAAGGAUUGCCAGGCAGUUCUGAAACCAGCCGAGCUGGUGGAUGAGAAAGACUUGGCAAAUGAGCUGGAAAAGCAAACGGUCAAGUGUGAUUCGGGGCUAUGUGAAUGGAGUGGUUGCCUCAGAGAUUAUGUGAAACAUGAGGAAGAAUGUCAGUAUGGAUACUCCUGUUGUCCAUUUGGCUGUGAUGUAAAGACACCUCGACGACAGAUUUCCCGUCACUACAAGCAACAUGCGCUACUUCACCAGGACUUACAAACAGCUGAACAACAACCCGGGGUCAUUGAUCAACUGAAGACGGAAGUAGAGAAGGUUCAGCAUGAUGUGGAUGCAAUGCAGAUGGAAGCAUUGAAGAGAGACAUUCCUUCCACUGACAUCACCACUGUCCUGGCUAAGUUGACAGAGAUCUCAUCAUCAAUGGCCGCACUAACUGCAUCUCAACAAGCUAUCACAGAUCAACAAGAUAAAACACAGCAACAUCUCGGUGUACUUUCGCAGAGACUGGAGAAAGUUGAACUAGAUACAACAGCAUCAUGUGAGCGGAUAGUGCAGGUACACGCCCAGACCAACACAGCGGUCGGUCAACUGCAGGAGGAAAUUCGCAACACCACCACGAACAUUGGUCAACUGCAGGAGCAAAGCCGCAAUACCACCACCAACAUUGGUCAACUGCAGGAGGAAAUUCUUAAGACCACCACCACCAUUGGCAUAUACCUUCGUUUGCUGUUGCUUUCUGGCUUCAUUGUGAUGGUUGCUGUUGCUUGUUUGGAUUCGACUAAAAAUGAUUCUCUCACCAACAACAUCAGUCAACUGCAGGAGCAAAGUGCUACAACCUCAACAAGCAUUGGACAACUACUGGAGCAGCAGCAAGACACUAAUGAUAAGGUUUCACGUGUCUCAGCAGCUGUUACCACCAUUCAACAAGGUGAACAAGAUACAACUGCAGCAUGUGAACGCAUAGUGGAAAUGCAAAACCAGACCAACACAACUGUCCGUCAACUACAGGAGCAAAGUGCUACAACCUCCGCAAGCAUUGGACAACUACUGGAGCAAAGUGCUACAAGUGCCACAAGCAUUGGGCAACUACUGGAGCAGCAGCAAGACACUAGCCAUAAGCUUUCACGUGUCUCAGCAGCUGUUACCACCAUUCAACGAGUGUGGCUAGUGACCAGUCUACCCCUACUGACCAGUGUGACUAAAGACCAGUCUACCCAUACUGACCAGUGUGACUAG